AUGUUCCAGUCGAAAAAGCGAAUUCAUAUUUUUAACUGUGACAACACUUACAAGCUAGAGCCUGUUGAGAAAUUGCUCGAGGAAACGAAGAAGAAAUUUCCGGAGAAAUUUAAAAGCAUCCAUGUUAAGCCUGCAGAGAGGCAUUCAUUCAGACUUACUCAAAUGUCUGAAAUGGUCGACAAAAUCCCAACCCUAGAGAUGGAUAUGGCCUUCUUCGUGGUUCAUGCGAAUGAAUCUCGACUCUCAAUCAACGAAGACAACGCAGGAAUUGGUUACGCCAGGAUAUACAGAGCUUUACUACAAGCGACGGGAGGAGAAGUCAUCAUCGUUAUCGGGGGAGACGUCAAUUACGAGAGCGACGACGAAGAGAAUCGAAAGGUUAUUUCACGUUGGACGAAGAGAAAAGUUUCCUCACAAUUCAGCAAAGAGUAUCUUGAUGGUACAAAGAGCUUUAUCUUUUCCUGGAACAAACAACAUCGAGCGAUUCACGAAGAAGCUCUGUUGCAUUACUUUGAUCCAAACAAGAAAGGACGAAAGUUCCAUCAUCAGUCGCUAUCUCCAAACCAACCAUCAAAACCAGAACUUCCAUCUCAAGCAACAUCUCCAGAAUUACAAAAUCCACAGAAACCCAGAAGUCCUACACGUAACGAUGAAGCCACUUCUGAAUUGACAGCGGUUCAAGAAAGGGAAAUUGAUUCACACCGUGGUGGCUACAUUGGCUCCGAGCGCAGCAGAGGCAGGAAGUUGACAGAUCCUUCUUUCAGUAACCAGCGAGACGGACAAGGAGAUCUGGAUUAUUCACAAAGGAAUUUUUCAGAAGUUAAAAGUGUCUAUGCUCAAAAUACCCAACAGCUAGUGCGGGUGUCACAAUUCUCAGUUGAAUCCCCUCCCGUAGUUUUACUGAGAGGUUUCGCUCGUUAUGGAAAGGUGCCUGAUAGGUAUCAGAUGGGUGACCUUCAAAUAUGGGACCCUGAGUUUAAAGUUCCCGCUGACAUACAAGAGGAGCUGCUUCACAAACACCGCAAAACACCUUUGAUUGGAUUUCUAAUCAUUAAGCACAGUGAUGGCACAAUUAAGUAUUCCCCUGUUCCAAACCUAAAAGAAUUCUCGUUGGAAGGGGAAAUACAGCUUGCUGCCGAUGAACAACUUAUAUUGAAAACUCGUGUUUGCAAUGGAGAGGUGUCUUUUGAAGACGUUGCUGUACAGUUUAAGUAUGGAAACGUGCGUAUUCCGCAACACAUUAUCGAUGGUUUCAGAGCUCAAGAUAAAAAGGCUAAUGGUGAUCUGUACAUCAUUUCAAAUGAAUCGGAACAUUUUCGAUGUGUAGUAAAAAGUGGAAUUGAUUUUAAAAAAGUGAUAAGAAUAGCAUUGGAAGAUCUAGGUCUUGCAUGUUUAAGUCACCGUUGCCAAGUCAUUGGGUAAUGAUUAAGUAAAUCAUUGUCUGUUUUGA